GUUGACUAUUACAAAAACCAUAACUAACCAACAUGAUGCCCCUUUAAAAGAGAUGAAAGGGAUGAUGAUGUAGUGUAUUGCAUGAUGCCAUUGGUGAGCUAACCAAGCACCAACCAGACUGAUGAUUGAUAGAAGGCCCCCAUUUCUUACUACUUCACUACUUCAGUCAAGGGCGUUAGUGAAGUUCAGCGUUGACGUUUGUCCACAAGUCCUGAUGUCUGAUGAGUGGAGGGUAACAGAGCCCAACAAAUUGUAUAGUGUCAACUGAUUGGACUAACUACCCUCUGUUCUCCUUCUCCUAUUAACUCUCUCUGCAGCUUCCCCCCUGUCCUUGUCUUUGCGUUGUGGUGGUUUCAACCUCUUCGUGGUUUAACUUGGGUUAAAUCGCGUGCCCAGGUACCAACCAACAAACCCACAAAAUUUCAGACAUUUAUAUUAAUUCCCCGCGCCAUUGAACUUUGCCUCUUUUGAUCAUCUUCUCCAUUCCAUUUUUCCAACUGUUUUGUUUGUCCAGUCCCUGCUUCUUGACCCGACCUGAUCGCCCAGCCAAGAGACCCGCCCACCUUGGUUACCGCUUACCUUACGGGGUUUAUACUGUAAUCUAUGUACAGUACAUACCAUACGAUACCAUACCAGCUCCUCCACCCCCGUACCGAACCGUACAGCGCAUCCCUCCCCUCCCCAUCCCUCCAUCCCACCUUCUCGCCGCAACAUCUCCAGGCCAGGCUAUAUUAUUAUUUGAUGGGACCAUCCUCUCCCGCCAGCCACUGUCCAUCGCCCAAGUACCAUUCAAUUGGCAUUUGUUCCUCGGCUUUCCUUCUAUUAUUCUUUCUUUUGCUUCUUGCGCCGGAUUCGUUCACCCUCCUUGCCCGAAGAGGUACUGCGACAAGCUGCCCCUCUGCCCGACGCACGUUCGGAACGCUGACGAUAGUAAUAAUAAUAAUAUCAAUCGCUCCAUGUGUCGCUUGGAAUAAAAGCAGCUCCCAGUAUUUCCCCCUACGCUACGCCGAUCUACAUAACCCUCGUCUCCUCCUCAAUCUGCUACGCCGGCUUCUCUCUCUCCAUCAGCCUCAUCAGACUCCCUCUGCCUCUUCUACCUCUUCCACCUCCUUCCUCUUCGCCCACUCCUCCCGUUGUCGUUCAUUGGCAUUGGAAGGACCCCUAAGGUCGCGUUUAACCUGCUGUCUGUCAUUUUCCCUCGUUGGGUGGCAUCACAUCAGUAACCCUACUAUGGACCUCUCAGUCCUCACCGAUCUUGCACCUCGAAGGCAACCCCAAACAAAAGCUGAGUUAGACUCUCCGAAAAACGAGUCUCACGGAACUGUAAACUCUACGUACACUGAAGAAUACCCUUGUUACGAGGAAAACGGACGAUUGUAUCAUGGAUUUCGACGAGGCAUAUACAUGUAUCCGUGCGAUGAACUAGAACGAGAUCGUCUGGAUAUUUUCCACAAAGUAUUUUUGGUGGCUCGCGGGAAUGUGCUACAUGAUGUUCCAAUCAGCAAUCCUUCUCCGCUUAUGAAUAGCCUUUCGGGGGGCCCUCGAAUGGUUACCGAUCACGGCCCUCGAAUACUAGAUCUUGGCUGUGGAACCGGAAUGUGGGCAAUGGAAAUGGCCUCGCGGUACCCACACGCAUACGUGUUGGGGAUUGACCUGGCGGCGAUGCAGCCCCAAGAGCACCCGCCAAAUUGCGAUUUUCAGACACCUCGGGACUAUGAGAGCCCUUGGUUUUUGGGAGAGAAUUCUUGGGAUAUGAUUCAUCUCCAAAUGGGAUGUGGGAGUGUGUCGAACUGGCCUAAUUUGUAUCAAAAGGUUAUACGACACCUGCGUCCUGGGACAGGGUACUUCGAACAAGUGGAAAUUGACUUUGAACCGCGCUGCCACGAUGAGUUCUCGGCUGAUCAGCCCCUUAAUCGAUGGUAUUUAAAUCUGAAGGAGGCAACAGAUCAGGCGAAUAGGCCGAUCGCGCACAAUCGAAGCACAACGCAUAUGCUGAAAGAAGCUGGUUUCGUGGAUAUAAAGCACCUGAUGCUUGGCCUGCCGCUAAACACAUGGCCGGAUGAAAAAUACGAAAAGGAGGUUGGAAAAUGGCAUAAUUUUGCCUUUUCCGAUAGCACCUAUGCUCUCAUACUUGGGCCUCUCAGCCGUGUAAAGGGCUGGUCGGUCGAGCAAAUUGAUUUAUUGGCCCAGGAAGCACGAGCGCAGGCGUUUGAUAAACGCACCCAGGUGUUCAAUCUUCUGCAUAUAUAUACUGCCAGACGACCAGACAACCCAAUCCGAUGAAAGCGCACUUUUGUGCUUAGUUUCACUAGUCCGACGUUUGAAGACAAACCCUUCACUCCCCACGUCAGUGGUUUCCUACCAUCUCUUUCCCCCUCCCAAGAUCCGUUUUGAAUGGCACAAUAUCGAUUCUGAGUACAUCUUACGCGUUGUCCCGAUAAAUAUGAUUGCGGCUUCUCAGAUCAUCCCGAAACGGGCGGGACUGUUGUAUUCCAGCUUUUGACUGGUUUGGUAGAGGCCUCGUCGCAUACCUCCUUUCGGGUCCAAAUGCCUAUAGUUAUCCUUUGACUUGUUGGUAAGAAGCAUCAAAUAUCGGUGAAGGACCACUAUUGAAAAGCUAUGCAACUCGAAAAUCUCGUUGCCCAACUCCAAGGAACAGUAAUGGGGUCCGGAGACACACAAAAGUCCAUUUAAUUAAUGACCCGACCAAACGACAUUGCAACGACGAAUUCCUUUCCUCCAUUUCUUGUUUUGAAAUCUUUAUUCCGUCUUAUGCCCUCAACAACUAUAGACGUUUCCUCCCUGAUUUUGCCUGCUCAUUUAAUUUUGAAAAUUUUUCAUUUAAUUUUGUUUGUCGAUCGUUAUUGAGCCCUUGUACCUCUUCCAUUCCGUCGACAGCAUUCUCUCCUGGGUUCCUGGACAUGAAUAAUUUUUUUUAUUAUUAACCAUGAUAUACACAUAGAUCGGAAAGACAUCAAAAGCCAUAGCGGGGGAACCAUGAUGGAGGUUUCUCUUGUUUUCUGUAUCCUCAUGCCUUCCUUUCUUUUGGUGAGGAUGAUAUAAUGACUCUCGAUACGAUGAAUGAUUGAUGUCUAGCUUGUAUGGCGCUCUCUCUUUCUCUCCAUUCCUGGCCCUCUCUUUUCUUGCUUUGGUGACCCAUUCACUAAAUAUUCCAAAGAUGUUAUCCUUCUUUCCUAUUUGUUGUCAUAUAUAUACUGCUACUUUAUUUUUCUUUCGAUAUAAACUAUUUUUAUCCUCCAUAUAUGCAUGUCCAUAUCCCUAUUUCGCGCAUUCUUCCAUCCUAAUCUCACCACGAUUAAUUGUCCAACCAUACAUCCCUUCCAACUAUUACUAUUGUUCAUUUUUCAGGUGGGAGAGCGGAAUAGAAAAAUAUAUAAAAUCAGCAGAAAAAGGUUACUUCUUUUGCCUUACCUGACCUGGCACAACUUGCUUUUCCAUAUAUUCUUGCUCCGCCUUGCUUCAGACAGAAACAACCCAACGUUUUUCGUUUAUCCAGCCCACAGGUUCUUUUUGAACUAUACAAUCCAACCAGGUGAUUGGCUCCCUCCCUUUGUUUCUCUUCGCACAACCUCUUACUCUCGCUAUUGUUUCUAUUCUUUCCCACCGCCCCCAAGUUUCACUAGUUAGUGGUUGUUCUUUUUACUCAUAUCAUUUCCACUGAAAGACAUUGGAAACUGGUGGAAGAUAAGAGCAACAAUGCAGAUGUUGAAGUGAAUCGCAGAGCAUGCCAGCGCCUCCUUCGCUCCCCUCUUUUCUUUUUCCCUCUUUGUUCUCAGGACCCGACAGAGCGGAUACUGCACGCGCGAACAUGGACUUGGGGGCUCGCUGCUGUAUAUCCAAUUUAGCCAGUCACCUCCUAGCUCGUUGGUGCUUUUUUGCCAUGAUGCGGCGCGGGCGAGCGGGCUUCGCCGCUGGUUUUAACCCGGUUUUUUCGCUUUUUCUCUUGGUUUGUAUGGAUGUAUGUAACUAUGUACAUGUACAUGUACAUACAUACAUUACGUGUGCGCUGACAAGAUAUUUAACAUUGUUGUGGAAAAUGAUAUGUGUGCUUUCUCUGUUUUCUCUUUGCUUUUUUUCUGUUGUUUUCUUUUUCCUUGUCUAUUUCCGGAUUUUCCCCUUUGGAUUCGUAGCCUAUUGUUUUCUUCACGGUUGGUGUGAUGUAGGGCAACGGGAAGGAGAGUUAUAUUGUCCUCCGUUUAUCGGACCUGGAAUGAUGCAUUGUUUAUUUUAUUACAAGUUGGAAUGAAACACUGCAACAUCCCACUAUGAUGAAUAUUAAGAACCUCCCAGGGUGAAUGGUGCGCCACGUUGGGUAAGAAAUUCAGCUCGAAGAACCAACAGGUAUUUCACCCUCUAACAAUAGAUGUGCGGGAGAGUUCUUGGGGGCCUAACACAAGAUAACACACAUCCCAUUGGCAAAUGAGCACACACAUCUUGAGCUGUCCUUUCAUCAUAAUACAUCACGAUCGUCAUUAUUAUCAAAAUUCUCUGGUGCCUUAUCUCCGCCGCCCCUUGUUUUGAGCACGGCCCAUGCCAUUAUUCGUAACAGCAGCACCUCCGCUUUCCCCACCAUUAUUACCGCCCGCACUAUUAUUGACUGGUUCCUUCGCCGCACCGGGACUUCUUCGCCGCAUGGUCCCCGGUCCCACAGCCACGAUGUCAUCCUCGCUCUCACUGUCGCUUAUAUCGAGUAGGACAGGCAUGCGGAAGGCAUGCAAGGCACCCCCCGCAUCAUCCUCUUCGCCCUUGACCGGCUCAAUGGUCAAAACGUCCGGUUCCUCAUCCUCUAGAUCUAGACGGCGCUGAUGCACCUCCUCAGCGGGGUGGAUGUCAUAUUCAUCCUCGCGCUCCACAUACGCGACAUUCUCCUCUACCUCUGCAAAAUCCGGCGCUAGCGCAGACCAUUUCUGCGGGCUCACUAUCGACCAUGUAUAUAUGCAUCCCGACUCGAGGCCGCAGGCUGCCACCAUCGGACGGCUAGGAUGCCAUUCUACAACGCCUAGUUCUUCCUUCGGGCCUUCGAGGAUCUUCACGAGAGAACCAUGGCUGCGUUCCCAGACGUAGAUGUCAUGGUUCAUGAAGGUGGAGGCCGUAACAAAUUCUCCUGUGGAUGAGAAGGCGACGUGGUUCCA